AUGUUUAUCUUGCAUAAUCUCAGGGCUUCUACCGCGUCCGUGGUAGAAAAAGUGUCAUCACUUGACUGUCUUGAAGAAACUUUUGCUGAACUUUCAGAUUCUUUUACAAUAUUACAUCAAAAUUUUCAAGGCAUUAAACAAGUUCAUGAAUCCUUAAAUGAAUUCAAUAAAUCAUUUUCAGGGUUUUUAUAUGGAAUUAAAAUGAAUGCACAUUGUGUAGAAUUUUCUGAGGCGCCAACGAAAGAAACUUUUACUAGUUUUAUUCAAAAGCGUGAGGCCGAUUUGUUUAAGGAAAAUAAAUCUACACCAAUUGCAACACCAAUUCAUAGAAUCAAAACCCCAACUCCCAUUAGUAGUAGAAUCAAAACCCCAGCGCGACCACCUCCACCAAAGAAAAAGAAAAUAAAUAAGGCUUUAGUUAUCAAAACAUUGAUCAAGAAAAUUGUCGAUAGCUUACCAUCAAAAUAUCGUGAUCAACACCAAGCAAAUCGUAAAAAUGUGGAAAUGAUUCUUAGACUUUUAUUUGAAAAUCCAUCGGAGGGAAAGUAUAUUCAAGAUAUCGUUAAAUGCACUGAACUAGCACGUGGUCGAUGUAUUGAAUACCUUAAUGCACUUAUCAAUACCGAACAUGGAUGA